AUGCCUUUCCUUGAUGUGCAGAAAAAGCUAGGCAUUAGCCUAGAUCGUCAUUUCACAUUCCAGUGUGUUGAACAGCCCUACAAAAUUCCCGCUCGGUGCCAUGCUUUUGAAAAAGAAUGGAUAGAAUGUUCGCAUGGAAUUGUUGCUACCCGGGCUAAAAAAGAGUGCAAGAUAGAGUAUGAUGAUUUCAAGGAAUGUUAUCUUCGAUUCAAAACGAUGAAGCGCCUGAAUGAAAUCAGACGACAGCGGGAUAAGAUGAUCAAAGAGGGGAAAUACACCCCUCCACCUCACUUUGUGGGCGAGGGGGAGCCUAGGCCUUGAGCAGAGCAGCUGGAGGCUGCUUUUCAUGCUGUUUUCCCCUGGGAAGACAGUUUCACGAAGCGUCUUCAUCAA